AUGGCCUCGCCAUUCUUCUCCCUUGAGGGCCACACCGCCCUCGUCACUGGAGGCACUCGGGGCAUUGGUGCCGCCGUCGCCAUUGGUCUCGCCGAGGCCGGAGCAGACGUUCUUCUCGUUCAGCGCGACGAGUCUAACACCUCCACCAGAGACUCAAUUCUGAAGCUAGGCCGAAAGGCUCAGAUCUACACGGCAGAUCUCAGCUCACAACAGAGCGUUGCUGCUCUCGUACCCAAAGUUCUCAAGGACGGCCACCAGAUUCGAAUCCUCGUCAACUGCGCCGGCAUCCAGAAGCGCCAUCCGUGCGAGAAGUUUCCUGAUGAUGAUUUCAAUGCCGUUAUCCAAGUAAACCUCAACUCCGUCUUUACCCUGACCCGCGACGUCGGCGCCCACAUGCUCACUCUCGAGCCUUCACCCGUUACCGGCCGCAAAGGCAGUGUAAUCAACUACGCCUCCCUGCUUUCUUUCCAGGGCGGCUUCACUGUCCCGGCUUACGCCGCCUCCAAGGGCGCUGUUGCCCAGCUGACCAAGAGCUUCGCCAACGAGUGGACCUCCAAGGGUAUCACAGUCAAUGCCAUCGCGCCCGGUUACAUCGAGACCGAGAUGAACACGGCCCUGCUCAAUGACAAGGAGAGACUGGCCAGCAUCAGUGCGAGAAUCCCCGCUGGUCGCUGGGGCACGCCUGAUGACUUCAAGGGCACUUCAGUCUACCUUUCCAGCAGGGCCAGCGGUUACGUGAGCGGCCACGUCUUGGUCGUUGACGGUGGCUGGAUGGGCCGAUAA